AUGACCGCGUUUUACAAAACUUCGGGAAACGCCACGGAUUAUGAAGAAACCGCUGGAUUUUCAGCGAUCGAGAUUGUGCAAUUGGUGCUUUAUUUUGCGAUUAUUUUAGUUGGCUUAGUGGGUAACACAAUGAUCGUGGUCACACUACUUGGCCGACAGACGCGAAGAGUUGGAGAAUACCUCAUUUUAAACCUGGCCAUCACGGACUUCGCCACUUGUGCCAUAAGCAUUCCUCUCGAUCUAGCUGAGCGACUCUCAGGUGGUUUUCCAUUUGGUUCAAUACUUUGCUAUAUGAUCUACCCGUUUCAAACUGUGUUAAUGGCUGUGUCUGUGAUAACAUUAUUGUCCAUGAGCUUGGAGCGACACAGGGUUGUCAUGACACCUAUGCGUCCGAGAGUGCUCCCUAGAACAGCGAAGUUUGUCAUUGGGGUGUCAUGGCUCAUACCCUCUCUGGUAAUAAUACCUUAUGCUUUGGUUCUACGGCUCGAAGGAAAGCAAUGUAUGGAGAAAUGGCCCGAGGAUUGGUAUGUUAAGGUUUUCACUCUAACUAACUUCGCCAUCUUCUAUGUGGUUCCGCUAACAGUCAUCGCGUCUUCGUAUGUUCGCGCCGGGCGUAAGAUACGUAAAGAACUGGACAGGCUUGAACAUGUAGUCGACAGUCACAGGUCACAGGUUCAAUACAAAAAGAAACGCACUCUACAGAAAAUGAGGAUCACCAAAGUGUUCAUAGUAGCAGUGAGCGCAUUCUUAGUGUGCAUGCUGCCCACACACGCCUCGUGGAUCUGGCACGAUUUUGGGCACGGCUGGGACAGCAAGUAUUUCCAAGAUGUGCUCAUAUUCAGUAAUAUACUUAUGUACGCUAAUAGUGCGUCUAAUCCAUUCAUUUUUGGUUCUUUGAGAAAGUUUUCGUUGGCACGCCUUUUUUGCUGCUGUCGGAAACAUUCGGGUGAACUUUACCAACUCGAAUGUAUUUAUGAGCUUCGGGUUGGCUCGACGACUCUUCACGUUGGUAGAGAAAUGGCAGUGAAGGGAUAUAACAAAGCGUCAAAACUAUUGGAAAGGACAAACACAAAUCGUCUUAAAUGUGCGAAUGUUUGA